AUGCUCCAAGCCGUUUUGCUGCCUGGGUAGCCAGUGCCGUAUUUCUAUAUCCUAGGAGUAGAUGGUUUUGUGGUUGGUCGAUGGCUCAUCCGACAGAAUCGAUAUCGAUAGAAGAGGAAGAAGAAUACGUGUUAAUGGAUCUUGGCCCAGAUUUUUCGCUAGUCAAUUUUCCUCCUAAUACACCGUACACUCUCUCAGGCUUAGACACUUUGAAUCCGAUAUUAACUGUUGGUGAUGGCUUGAAGCUGAGAGGCGAGUAUGAAGAAAGCUUGGGUUCAUGUCUAGUAUUUUCUGAAAGUGCUGAAGAAUAUUCCUUAGUACACGAGGAAAGUGGGCCCUCUGAAGCAAACUUGUUUGCAGGAAAGUACAUAGUUGAUUCUAAGCAGACACCAAGGAAGCAUAUCAAGAAUGUUUGUCAGCUUCACAAGGUUCUUAAGUUUAAGAUUGUUUGUGAUGAAACUGCAGCUAAUAUCAAAGUCAAUGAUAACACCAAUCAAAGACAAUGAUAGUAUGACAACAAAGAUUUGCUUUUUGUAUCCCAGUGCUAUUGAAUGUUUUGGAACAGCACUGUUCAUUGGCAUUGUUGUGGCAGUAAAUUCUAGUUCAUUUAGUGUAUAUAACAGGGAGGUAAACAUAAUUAAAAACAAAAUAUUUUAUGUAGGUAGAAGUAGACAAUUUCAUUUUGAGGUUUUAUGGAGUUGACUGGAUCAUGCACUUUUGUUCGGGUAACAUAUACAUAUUUUCUUGUAUAAAGCCUAUGUUGCAUUGAAUACUGUCUAUUAAGAUACUUGCCAAAGCUAAUAUUAUGUAUUGUUCAAGCUGCAUACUGCCAAAAAUACCAUUGUCUUGUAAACUACUUAGCUGUGAAAUGUGACGAUUUAAAUAUAGACUUCAUGUCAGGACAAGCAUCAAACACAAGGAUCUUGAUCAUGAUGAUGAGGGUGAUAGGAACGAUUGUAAUGAGCACCCAGACAACAAAUAUUGAAACUAUAAUUUAAACAUUUUUCUAAACUUGUUCA